AAUGCCCAAGAUACCCUUACACUUAUUAUUAUCCCUUUGUUUUAUGUUGCAGCCAACAGUUUGCACAUUACUGCCUACUUUAUGAAGAGAUGGGUUAAUCUCCGCUGUGCUGUAGGGAAACGUUAUCGUGACCUACGUGUGUUUCCAGACAGAUUUAUAGUGUGUGUCAGUAAACUUGACUCUAAUCCAAGUGAUUGGACAUGUGACAAUGGUGUAUUGAAAGAAGAACUUUCCAAUGGGACAUCUGAAUAUUUUACUGAAUCUGCUGAGCACAAGAAGCUGGAGAUUGGUCUGAAUGAACAAAUAAAGCAAGACAUCUUGAAAGAAAUUGUGAAAAGGACAAAACUAAAGAAAAGUAGCACAAGCAAACCUCAAAUCAGCGAGGACUCCAAGAAAGUGUUCCUUGGCUCAGUGGACUCACAGACAGAGAACAGAAAGAACGACCGUCAAACUUCUCUCAGCCCUCAAUCUGAAGUGACAUGUCGGAGUCCAGAACUGCUAAAGGACUGCACAAAUACAGUUCAGAGCAACUCGGAACUUCCUGUUUUAGAAAGGGAAAAUUAUGUUAAUCAGAGACAGCCAAAUUGUGUUAGCAGCCAGCAAAAACCUUACUCUGUGGAGUGGUUGAAGUCGAGUCUUCAGAGUGAGAACCCUCCUUGUAGCUCUGAGUCAGCACUGCUAGGUCCAAAGCAAAGUCGAGAAGUGACCAAAACGCAGGCUCAACAAAAGAGCUGUGCUCCAGAAGAAAAGUUAGAGCAUUUCAAAAACGUGUCCUCUGAAGGGACUGUUUUAAUUCCUAGCAAUACAGAAAUGAGUAGACAUGAUGGUGGUUGUCUAGGUCCGUUCCAAGAGGAGAAGGCCCCACUUAAUUCUGGGUUGUUUCCUAAACAAGGCAUGACAAAGGCUGCAUCUGAUGAGGAGUCACUAACUUUGAGAAAAAACCUCUCCCAGCCUCUUUCUGUGAGGAACAAUAUAGCACAGACAAGGCAAAAUGAGCCAAGCCCAACCACUGAAGAUGGGAUGCCACCAUCAAGUGUAGAACUGCAGCCUGUGUCUUCAGAGAAGCUUAGCCAGAAAAGAAAAAAAGAAGUUGAAAAUGGUCUCAGGAAGUUAAAACUACGAAGGCUUAAAAAGUCAUAA